AUGGAUCAAUUUGACGUAGUAGUCAUCGGACUCGGUGUCCUCGGCAGCGCAGCAUCCUACCACGCUGCACUUAAGGGCGCUAAAGUUCUCGGCCUAGAACAAUUCGAACUGGGACAUGUCCACGGCGCGUCACACGAUACCUCACGCAUUGUGCGAACAUCAAAUCCCGCUCCUGAGUAUGUGGCCCUCGCAAAGUCCGCGUAUAAGGACUGGGCAGCAUUGGAAAAUGCCGCCGACCAGAAAUUGUUAAGUAUCACUGGAGGAGUUGUUUUCUUCCCUAAAGAUGACAAAAUCCCAACAAUGAGGGUGGGCGACUAUACGACGAGUUUGGACACGAACAAUGUUCCGUACGAACUUCUUGAUGCGCAGGAAGUGAAGAGAAGAUGGCCGCAGUUUGAUAUUGAAGAUAGUGUGGAGACAGUUUAUACGGCUGAUACGGGGAUUGCGCAUGCGAAUAAGACGGUUUCUGCGAUGCAACAUCUUGCUCGAUCACACGCGUAUAAUACCUCAGUCCUCGGGGGAGUCGUCAUCGAGACGUCUAAAGGGAAAUUCCGUGCACGCAAAGUGGUUCUCACUACGGACGCAUGGACAAAUAAGCUCCUUGCCCCCCUUGGUGUUCAUAUCCCUCUUUCCGUGAUGCAAGAGCAAGUGACAUACUUCAAGCCAACGAACCCCUUAGCCUUCGAAUCCGACAAUUUCCCUGUGUGGAUCUGGGGCGGCGAGACCGGUUUCUACGGAUUUCCAUGCUUCGGCGAACCGACUAUCAAGGCGGCCCGCGACACAUCGAACAAUUUCAUGACGCCCGAAGAGAGAACAUACGUGCAUUCACCGCAGCUGCUUCAGCAGCUAAAUUCGUUCAUGGAUAAGACUAUGCCUGAUAACGGACGUCAGACACUAAGGACGAUUACUUGUCAAUACUCCAUCACGCCGGAUCGACGGUUUGUCAUUAGUCCGCUAGAGAAGCAUAAGGAUGUUAUUGUUGGACUGGGUGCGGCCCAUGCUUUCAAGUUCGCACCGGCUUUUGGGAGGGUCCUUGCUGAGUUGGCCGUGGAUGGACAGACUGGGGAGGAUAUUUCCAAGUUUGAAAUUCCAAAGAGUGCUAGUAAUACUAGCAAGUUGUGA